CUCACGAGGCCGUGCCACGUGGACGGGGAUGCGCGGAGGCACAGGUCUGCUCUGGAGAUGAGCUCAGCGAGUACUGGGGCGGGCGGCGAGGUGCCUCCGGGUGCCCGGGGAGCCGGCGGGCACCGGCGGGGCAAAGGCGGCUCGUGGAGGCUCGGCCUCGUUGCAGCAGCUGGAGGCUGGGUGCGGAGCUGCCUGAGCGGAGGAGCGCUGCGGUCAGCCUCGCCUUGUUGCUUUUGUCACUUCUCUGCUGUUUAUUCGCACAGAACCCCUGCCCCCCCCCAGCUCCGCUGCCAGCAAACCGUUGGGUUUGGGUUUUUUGUCGCCAAAGUUCGGCGCUGGUUUAGCAAAGAGCCACGUUUGCCGAACCACAACAGGAAAGCAGGGCAGGGCUCGGGGACCGAAGUUGCCUCUCGCCUUCAGUUCCCGGCCCUUUGAACGUCACCGUUAAGGUCACUUCGGCUGACGUGAGGAUGGCUGGGGGGGGGCGAGGCUGGGGGUGCAGCCACCCCCGCCCCGAGGCAGCUCUCCAGCCUCUGCGCUGCGGUUUCCCCAAAGCAAGAGCGGCGGCACGGUGCGCUGUGGUUUGUAGUGCCCAGCGCUGGGGCUGGCUUCUUCCUUCAUGUCGAGUAUCUGGGGGUGGGCAUCAGAGGGCGUCUCGGAGCCCUUGAGGAGCCGCCUCCGGCCCUGAGCAUCACAGAAAUGGUUAAAACCCAAAUUUUCCUCCCGGAUGUGGGUCCGUGCCAGCAAGCCGACAAGAGCUCUGCACCUGGCGAUGCACCUCACAGCUGCCGGCAGCGGCGCGUGGGGAGGACGCAUCCCUCGUGGGGACACCGCGUCCUUCGUGGGGACACCGUGUCCACACGGCUGGGGGGCAUCGCUGCCGUGGCCCCGCGCUUUAGGCAGCCUCAGUUCCCGGUGCACUCAGCCGCCCUGCUGAAGGGCUGGGACGAGCACAACGAUGGCACCCCUGGGUUCCUACUGCGCGAAGGCGCUGCUGGCCACGGGGCUGCUGCUGCUCUGGCUGGCACCGGCAACGUUGCUGGCAGUGCAGCAGCCCCAGCCCGUCCUCUUCGUGGAGUCCAGGGCCACGGUGGAGAUCGUCUGCAUUCUGGAUGAGGUGCUCGAUGGCAAAGGCAACGUGCUCUGGUACCGGCACAGCCACAGGGAACGGCCCCGGCUGAUCCUCAGCUGCAUCCAGGAGGCUCAGGAGGGAUUUUCCUGCGAGUACACGAAGCAACGCGCCGUGCUGCGCAUCGCUGCCGCCCGCCCCGACCACACCGGCCUCUACCUCUGCGCCUGCAGCACCGGAUCCAGGCUGGUGUUUGGCAACGGCACCGCGCUGCUCGUGGGAGACAGCUGGAGGGCCCAGAGCUGGGUGCGGGUGCUGGCGCCCCACGGCUCCCCUUCAGACCCCCCCCGGCCUGUCUGUGCCGUGGGCAACGCCAGCGGCCCCGUCCUCGUCUCCUGGCCGGGGGGGGACCGACCCCAGGAGGUGCUGGGGCUGUGGGGAAGCACAGAGCUGCUCAUCAGCCCCAUGGGAGUCGCUGGGGGGACCGGGGGGCUCUGCGAGGUGCGCUUCAAUGCCUCCGGUCCCCCCGUCCGGAGGAGCGCGGAGCUGCACGGGGCCAGGGGUGCCUGCACAACACCAAGUGCUGUGGCCAUGGCCGCAGCCGGGGCACUGCUGCUGCUCGGGCUCGGCAUCGGUGUCUGCUGCCUCCUCCGUGCACGGACAGGACUCCGGCCCAGAGCCCCGGACCCUCGUGCACCCCAGCACCCGCAGGGAGAGCUGACGUACACCCAGCUCCGCUUCGUCACCCCAGCGAGGGCAGCGCCGUGACCCACGGGGCUGGGCCCCAAGGCCUCGGUGGCCCCGGGAGGCCGCGGCUGCCCCGGCCGCCAUGGCAGCGGGGAGGAAGGAACCGCAAAACGAGGGGGAGAUAACGAGAGUGGAGCUGGAAGGAGGAGUGAGAAACGGGACUGAACCUCAAAUGUGGCGUUAAUAAAGAGAUUGAAGCUGAAACAAGGGGUAAAUAACGGGAUUGGACCUCAAACGUGGGGUUAAUAAAGAGAUUGAAGCUGAAAUGUGGAGUAAAGAAUGGUGUUGAACCUCAGAUGAGGAGUAAAUAACGGCCCUGAAGCUCAAACGAGGAGUAAAUACAGAGUGAAGC